AUGGGUAUCUGUUUUUCGGUAAGUUCAUUUAUUUUGUGUGAUAAAUAUUGUAGAGUAAGAAAUUAUUGUUUUUGCAGCAGAUUUUCCAUGUAUAACAUGUUUUAUCAGGAAGUAAACGAUGGAUUGACUUUUUUUUCGUUCGUUGGAAUGUUAUUCAGUCAGUUAUCACUAAGAUAAUGUAUUAUCUAAUAUUUUGUAUGAUUAGUAAGGUUUAGAAGUUGCUUUAGCUCUUAUUAGUUUUCUUAUUAUUUAAUUAAACUUUGCUUUAUAUAAGCAUUUAGACUUAUUUCGUUUAUAUGGCUGUUUUAGGUCUUUCGGUGUGGAAAGUGUCAGCACACCAAGUUCUUUAAUUGUAAAUGCAAGCCGGACAAGUGUUUGUUAGAUGCUGAAGCAGCGAGGAAUCGUUCUUCAGGUUUGAGCAGCACUGACAGUAAUGUUGUAGAGCCAGCCAGAGAAGAAUUGGUUAUUGUAGAUGAGAUAUUUGUUCCGGUAGAGUCUUCUGAAGAGAAUGCUAAUGUUCAAAAAGAGAAUGAAGUUUUCGAAUUUGGAAAAGCAGAUGGAGAAGAGCAUGACUUUUCGUUUACCAUGAACACAGGUGAAGAGAAUAGUACUAGUCCAACGUUGGAUGAUGUAGAAACGGUAUGCUUAUUUCUUUAUUAUUGGUUUUUAGGACGUAAAAAGGUGUUAUAUGGACUUGUUUGAUAAUUUGUAGCAAUUUGAGUCUUUUGUUAUUAAAUUACGGUUUAUUUUUUAUUCGUAGCUGUUAAAAUUAUUAAAUAGACAUGAGAAACGGGCCGGGCCCAAUUUUCAGGCCCGGCACGAUCGGAAUUUUGCUCAAGGCCGGCCCGAUGGCAGGCCCGGCCCGUUUCUCAUGUCUAUUACUAAAACAUGUGUUUUUUUGAUAAAAAACUAUUUUAGGGUGUUGAAAACAAUUCAAUGGCUAAUCUUGACCAGUCGAAGUUCAGUUCUAGUGAUAAGCGACGAUUCAAGAAUAAAGUACGAAGAAACGUGGUUAUGGAUGAGAAAUUUCAGGUAACAUAAUGUUUUUGAAUUAAACUCAUUGGUGUAUUUAAACGAUUAUGUUUAAUUUUAAAGUAAUUUUACGGUUCAAAAUUAGCUUUUCCUACAAGUAAACUCUUUUUUUAGUUCCAUUUGACUCCAACACCUUCGAUGACACAAGUUCAGUCCAAAGAAUCAAAAAGACAGAAGAGUAGCAUGUCAAUGUCAGAGGCCAAAUCAGAACGGGUACAACAUCCAAGUCGGUCUAUAUCAGGCGAACUUUGCUUCAACUCGUCUAGAAAGAGUCAAACUCCACAGUCAAGCAUCUCCUCUCCAGUAGAAUCAACUAAAUCUACACCUAAGUCAAUGUACGAUAGGCUGAAUCAGUCUUUGUCGCCUAGCAAAAAGUCUCAGGAACCUUUAGGCAACCGCGAGAACUUCCCUGCCAUCUUUCAUCCAAGUGUGAUGGAGAAGAAGGAUGGAGCUGGUGAUGAGGUAGGUUUUUUUGUCAAUUUUGUGUUGGUGAAAGUUUAACUUUGUUAUAUUUUUACCUUUCCUAUUUGAACUUUUAGGUAUUCUCUGAUGAUGACAAAGAAAACUGCCAGUCCAGUUCACCAAGAACCCCGACAUCAGACCCGGAGGACGAGGAUGUGGAAGAUGAACAGAUCAGAAUGGCCGGCAACGAGCCCAAUCAUCCCAAGAUCAAACGUCGCCGCAAGAACAAACAGAACCGCAUGCGCAAGAAGGCUCGACGCCACUAA